UUAUUUUUACGUCUGCAUUUUAACAAUUUCUUACCAUUUGAGAAAUAUCUUAUUUGUCAAAUAAGAAAUAAAAAAAGUGAAAAGCAAUACUUGUGAAUACCGAGAGAUACCAAAAAUGGUUAUAAUUAUCUAUUUAUAUAAUAAUUAAUAUUCAUAAAAUUUUAAAACUAAAAUAUGCAGAAAAGUAAGCAAUCCACCAAUGAGUUCACCUCGUGGCUACAAAAAAAGCUGAUCGAGCUCAAUACGGAUCCUGAUAUUUUUGGUUCCUACAUAGCAGGAAUUCUUGACGGGGAAGAGCCACUUGAUGAGAAGCGUGAAGCGCUCAAUGAUAUACUUAGUGAAAUCAUUACAAACGAUAUUGAUUCCUUGAUAAGCCUUAUUCUCGAAAAAUUUGAAUCAGCGCAUCCUAAAGAAGAAAAGAAAACGGAUGGUCACAUUGAUGUAAGUGAGCAAUUGGCUAAAUUAUUGGAAGUGCAGAAGCUUCCAGCAACAACAAAGACGCGAGAGUAUACUGAAGAAGAACGACAAAUACGGGAACAAAUUUUAGCUCAAUAUUCUCAGACUGAAGUUGAAGACGUCGAUACUUAUUGUUCUGAUGAGGAUACUGAAGGAUCGAAUGUCGCUCUUGCAGCCAAUUCGUUAACUGGAAUCGAACGAAAUACGAAUUUUCAAGAUGUAAUGGCAUUGCAAAAAGAGAAAAGAGAGCAAGCACGAUUAGAUAGUGCUGCUAAAAAACAGAAAGAUAAAGAAGACAGGGAACGUCAGAAGCAACUGCGUGAGGAAAAGAAAGAAAAGCGUAAAACUGUAAAAGGCGAGCGACGUCGGUAGUCUGAAGAUGGCUUAAGAAUUCAAGAAGAUAUAUACUUUUUUAAAUUCUUUAUUAAUUUCAUACAAAGAAUAAUAUAAAAGUAUAUACAAGUCGAAAAUGGAAAAUCAUACUUAUAUCACAUAAUAAAUUUAUUUCAGUUAUAUGCAUGUCAAGAUCCUAAGUCUUAUAUUUGGAAUUAACCAACACUUAUAAAAGAGCUUUGAUGUUUAUUAAAUACAUAAGUAAUAUUUAUGUUUAAAUGCUUUUUUUUUUUAUUAGGUUUUUCUAUCAAGAUGAUGUAGUUCGAUGUAAACGAUCUACAUUUCUAUCGUUUAACUGAUUCAUUGGUUGAGCCAGUUUAAAUGCCAUUUUUAAAAUUUGUAAAUAUUUCGACACAUACUGAAAUUCGUGUAUCACAAUGUUUAUAAAGAUACAACAGUCAAUAAAAUACGCAAAUAUUGAUGUGUAACAGCA